UUACGCCUACAUUAUUUUCCAAAUAAAAUUCCUACCUGGUUUCCCCAGCAAGCCAAUUUUCGGCAGUAUCAGGAUGUCUUUUUUCUGUCUAAUAUUUUUCACGUACGAGAACACGAGUCAAGUGUCGUGAACGCAGAACUGCAAAUCACCACCACCAUGCAUGAAGAGACUCGGGCAAUCCAUCAAAACCCUACUUACCAAUGGUCUCUACUCACAAGCCCUCAAAGCCUCUACAGCUCCCAUCCCCUACCUCCUUGACCAAACCUACGCCCUCUUUAUAAAGUCCGGCCAUCCCCUCGACCCAUACCUCUCCGCCACUCUCAUCUCCCACUUCUCUAAACUCGGAGAUUUCUCACGAGCUACUAAUUUCUUUUCCGACACCCAGAACCCCGACAUAGUCUCCUUCAAUGCCCUCAUUUCCGGUUUCGCCAGGUUUCGCCUACCCAAAUUGGUUUUCGAGCUAUUUGGCACGUUGAGACAUCUGGGUCUGAAACCUGACGUGUUUACUUUGAGCUCUUUGGUGAAAGCUUGUGAGAGUUUGGAGGAAAACGAAGCUGCCCAUGGAGUUUGUUUGAGAAUGGGGUUUGGCUCAGGCGCAUAUUUGGUGAGUGGGUUUAUUGAGAAUUAUGCAAGAGCUGGUGAUGUUGAAAAGGCCGAGAAGUGUUUUGGGGAGUGUUUGGAAGUCGAUAAUGUGGUUUGGACGGCGAUGGUUUCUGGGUAUGUGUGGAAUGGGGAGUUUGAGAAGGGUAAGGAGGUUUUUGUGGGGAUGAGGGGUUUGGCUAUGGAUCUGAAUGAGUUUUGCUUGACUGGGGUGCUUGGCGCAUUGUCUGAUGUCAGAGAGGGGGAGCAGGUUCAUGGGCUUGCUAUUAAGAUGGGUUUGUUAUUUGGCGCUUCGAUACAUUUGAACAACGCGAUUAUGAGCAUGUACGGUAAACGGGGGAAUAAGGUGGCUGCUGUUAGGAUGUUCGAUGAAAUUGCUGAUCCAGAUGUUGUAUCUUGGACUGAGAGGAUAGGAGCUGCUUGUGAUGGUGUGGAAGCUUUGGAAAUAUUUCAAGUAUUGCACUCUGGAGAUUUGGAGUUGAAUGAGCAUACAAUGAUCAAUGUUUUGUCUGCCAUUGCUGGCUCAAGGCUCUUAAUUUCUGGUAGGCAAGUCCAAGCACUUUGCCAUAAGGUGGGGUUUUUGCAGGUGAUUUGUGUUAGCAACGCAUUGGUAUCCAUGUAUGGGAAGUGCGGUCAAACGAAUGAUGCUAGGCGCGCUUUUGAUGAUAUGCUUCUUCGGGAUUCUGUUUCUUGGAAUUCUAUCAUUAAUGUGUAUUCUGAAAAUGGAUUGAGUGGGGAGGCUUUCAAGGUGCUUUCUCAGAUGCGUGGCCUUUGGAUACAACCAAAUGAGUAUACUUUGGCUAGCAUUCUUGAAGUGGUUUCGAACUCAAAUUCUGUAGAGGAGGCAAUGCAAAUCCACUCACAUUUGAUUAAAUGUGGCUUCAUGUCAGAUGAUUCCAUGGUGUCUUGCUUGAUAACAACAUAUGGUAAAUGCAGUGGGAUUUCCAAAUCAAAAGAGGUGCUCUCAGAGAUUGAUGGUAUUAAUGUGGUACAUCUCAAGGCAAUGGCAGCUACUUAUGUUUAUGCUGGUUGUCAUGCCGAUGCUAUAAAAUUGUUCCACGCCUCAAGAAGUUUGUACCUUAAUGUGGACGUCACAAUCUUCAGUAUUGUCCUUAAAGCUUGUGGUGCUAUGACAGAUUUGGUACAAGGAAGAGUGGUACAAUCUCUGUGUCUCAAAUUUGGAUUUGAUCAGGACAGCUUCAUUGAAAGCACGGUUGUUGACAUGUACUGUAAGUGUGGAAGCAUAGGUGAUGCAGAGAAGGCUUUUGGGAUUACAUAUAAAGACAAUUUGGCAGCUUGGAAUGCCAUGAUGAUGGGAUAUGCUCAACAUGGCUGUUUUCAUGAAGUUUCAAGGCUUUUUAAUAAGAUGUACGAAUUUGGAAUAGAACCGGAUGAGAUAACUUUUCUUGCAGUUCUUACUUCAUGCUGUCAUGCUGGGCUGGUGAGAGAAGCGCAUACUUACUUAAACUCUAUGUUUCAACUUCAUGGAUUAAUCCCACAUUUAGAACACUAUGCCUGCAUGGUCGACCUGUUUGGUCGAGUUGGACUCCUGGAAGAUGCAAAGAGAACAAUUGAUCAAAUGCCCUUUCACCCUGAUGCUCAAAUCUGGCAGAUUCUUCUAUCAGCUUGUAACCUCCACGGCAAUGUAGAUCUGGGGAAUGUUGCAGCCAGGAAACUUCUUGAGCUGCAGCCUGAUAAUGAAUCUGCCUAUCUUCUUCUAUCAAAUCUAUAUGCUUCUGCUGGUAUGUGGAAUACCGUUGGGAAGAUGAGGAAAGAAAUGAAAGAAAAACUAGUUCGCAAAGAACCUGGUUCUAGUUGGAUUCAAGUUGGAGGCUCUGUGCAUUACCUUUUUGCGGGUGACACGUCACAUCCUGCGAGUAAAGAAAUAUAUACGGUGCUAAGAAGGCUGUAUGAGCAGAUACUAGCAUUACCAAAACUAGAACAAAACAACGCUUUUCUACUGGAAAUAUGAAGCAUGAAGUGAAGGAAUUCAUUUUUAUUUUUGCAGCAAGAAACUAGCUGGGGGGUUUGUUUUUCCCGAGCUCAUCAUGUUUGCUUUCAGUGUCAUAUCAUCAGGUCAGUGAUGGGUGGCAUUCAUCCAAUUUUACAGAACAUUCAAACUUGACGAGAAGCUGGAUGUAAUCUCUUGGCUUUUGUAAGGUAGAGGAGUGCUGCCGAUCUGAAGAUCCUCUAGACAGCACUGAGACUAUGGAAUGGAAAGCAUAUGCUGCUAUCUUAGACUUUAUCUGCCCCCUUUUUGGAAGAGGCCUGCUUCCCCUCAAACUUUUGGUGAUUGCAGUGGCGGGAACAUCACUGACCUUGUUCCUCAUUGUGCAAACAGAGUCAAUUUCACCUUCUUUCUUCUAAAUACUCUUGUUUGAUAGAUGUGGUUAUGUGAUCCAUCGUGAGUUUAUAUAGCAUCACAUCUUCCCCAAUAAUACCAGUGAUGGGGAUGAUUGAUCUUGGUGAGUGAAGAUAGAAACAACCUUUUCAGACUGGCGGUGGUUGGGGAGCAUGCCAGCACGAUUGUCUGGCUGUACAAGAUUCCUUUCAGCUCAACUUGAGACAACUUGAAUUCAAGGUUGAUUUGAUGACUGAUUGAUUAAACAAAAUGAUCCAUAGUUUAUUGUGCAUUCUGUUUUUCAGCCUGUCGGAUUAUGAACACGUGUGGAUUCAAGACAUAUCUAGGAGCUCUCUUGUAGACCUUGGCCCUGGUUUCUGGCUUUCUUUAGUGGAUAAGUGGAUAAGGAGUACGACAGGAUUUGAAUUCAUAUAAUGGGAGAUCUCCUUGGUAAAAUCAAAUGGCUUUGUUAAUACCUACAGGUCAGUCCACCUUGCUCAAUUACGUGUAUUCUUAUGUUGAAGCACAUGGUGAACCAGUUUAUUUCCCAGGAGAGAGUAAUGAUGAUGAUGCUGAUGGAUGUAGCAACGGUUAUGGUGCCCAUCUCUUUAAUAACUUGAGGUUUUAUUUAUUUUAGUGCUUAGCAACAAUCAUCUUGAUUAGUCAACCAUUUGAGCAGAUUAUUAAAAUACGUUGCCCUCAUAUGAUCUGUAGUCUUGAACAAGUCCUGAAGUUUGUGGUUAUUUUGGAAUUGGAAGCUACUGGACAUUUUGUUUAAAAUGCUGUUUUUUGUGUC